CUCUAACACUGGACGCGCUUAACAGCCAGCGCUUGACUGCAGGGCACGAGUCGCACACUCUCUUAACGACUGUCUGCCAGCGCGGGUUCUGCCAUCACAUAUCCGGUGGUCUUGAGAUCGGUCGAAGUCAGUGGAGGACAGUACUCGCUGGUCAAAAAUUUCAGUGCCCACAUUCAUCACAUGGGCUGUCAUCGUCACGGCUUGCGCCACAGGCCAUGUCUCAGGUGGGGCAGAGUCUGGUCGGGUUGGGCUGUCCAGUGAUCCAAUCGCCCGCACAUACCAGCUAGCAUGUCGUACUCUUCUUGCUCUUGAUAUAUAUAGGAGACGAUAUGCAAAUUCCUUCAGACGGUUGACUCUCGUUCCUCAGGCUGGCCCUCUCCACAAUCGCUAACACUACACUCUGGAUUUCCCACUCCCUCCGCUUUCAACAAACUUCGACCUUUGCGCAGGACGCACGACCCAUCACAAUCACCCUUCUUGCUCAUCACACUCUUCAAAACAUGUACACCAAAUCCAUCCUCGUCUCUGCUCUCAUUGCGUCAGUUUCCCUCUCCGGGGUUGCUGCCGCACAAACCUCUGAGGCUGGUGCCGUGCAGAAGCGAUGUGCCAUUGGCAGUUGCGGCACUACGAGCAACUCCAAUAGCUCACAGAGCUCAAACGCGUCGAUCAGUAACAACGAGACAGUUUCAAAUCAACAAGCUACCACUGGCUCGGGAAACCAAAUUACUAAAGGAAACAACGGUGGCGGCAACUCAUUUGGCGAUGCACAUGUCGGCAAGGUCUGUGGCCGCGCUUUCUUCGAGGCCAAGAAGAGGCAGAUCGACGACCACGUUUCCAUGGUGACUCGUAACAUGGACUUCUCACGCUACACGGGCAACUUCAAGAG